GAGAGACCAUGCGGGAAGUUGCAUCGAACUUUAACAAAGCGCUGUUGGAUGCCCAUCACCGAGAACAUGCUCAACUCUGUGAUCGCCCUCCAUGAUAGGAACCCGACUCCUUUCUUCUACCCUGCAAAUCCCGGAGAAAUAUUAAACAACAAAUAUGAACUGAUUACAAAAGUUGGAUGGGGGUCGUCAUCUACCGUCUGGUUUGCGCGCGAGGUCAAUCGGGGCAUCUGGUCGGGGCCUGGAGAGACAUGUGGCAUUGGCAGUAGAGCCCAAAGGUGCAAAAUGCCAACGGCAAACUGUGCAGUAACGCCAUGGAGUUCUACGGAGGGCCAUUCUUGACCGAUGAUGGUAGGAUUUGUUUCGACACCGUAUCUGGCUUAAUG